CUGAAAAUAGGAUUCAGUAAUUCAAGUAAGGCUGUGGCUGAGAUUAACUGUUACUGCUAUUCUGGCCUCAAGAAAUUUUGACGGACUAUCAGCUUUCAAGGUUCUCACACGUAAUGGACCUAGAAACAAUACCAUUUUGCCAAGAAUACCUAGCACAAAGAGGUACAAUAGUGAAACCAUAUUACUGGCUAACAAUGAGCCAAAACUGUACUAAAUGUCCUUAUCAUAUACAAACAGGGGAAGCAGCACGAGUUCCCUACACAGAAUUUCAAAAGGCUUUUGGAUUCCCAUAUGGGCCAACAGAUUACCAAAAUAAACACCUUCUCUUUUAUGAGUUGAGACAUGUAUCAGGUAAAUUAAUUCAAAAGGGCCAAGUUACAAACUGUGAAGAAUACAACAUCCAUCCCGAAUCAAUGCUAUUUGAAAUGGAUGGUUAUCUAGACUCAGUUGUACACAAUUGGGAGAACAUUGCAUAUAUAAUUCUUUAUUCAAAUUAUUCUCCUUGUAAUGAGGCAGAGCAUGGGUGCAUAAGCAAAAUUUAUAGUUUUUUAAUGAAGCAUCAAGACAUCACACUCUGCAUUUAUUUCUCACAGCUGUAUCACACAGAGGAGGAUUUCCCCGUGUCUACCUGGAAUUGUGAAGCCUUGCAGAGCCUUGCUAGCAUGUGGCCUCAGGUGACACUGAAUCCCCUCUGUGGUGGACUUUGGCAUUCCCUACUCUCUAAUUUUGUGAGUUCUAUGCCACAAGCAAGAUUCUACCACCCCAUUUUGCCUAUAAGAACCCUGGCUGAUAAAAAAAACGCAACACAAAUUCGCAGUAUAACAGGAAUGAAAUUGCCUUUUGUUAACACCUUGUCUCAGCCAAUUUAUGGAACUUCAAGUGCUGCACCAAGUUUGCAAAACUAUUACUUAUCCACUUCAAACUACCCAGCAGAAGUGACAAGUAGCAGAUUGCCUCCAAUGGGAAUGCCACCAUUUCAUUUCACACCUCCUAUUAAUACUUUGCCACCUUUAUACAAGAAACCUAGAAACAUUGUCAGACAUGUAAACAUGCUAAAUGAGUCAUUAAGCAAAUUACCGGUAAUACCAAAGGAAAGAUCUCUUCACAGGGGAGAAAUCAUUACUGAACAACUUUCAAACAACAAAUUUGCAGAGCUUGAAGGCUAUAGAAAGAAAAAAUUGGGAGUGAAAGACUGGGCAAUUCAUAGGAAGGAAUAGAUACAGCAGUGAGUUGAGUAUGGAGAAGAACAUUUUCCCCCAUAUGUAAUUUGUAUAUUGGAAAAAAGACACGGAGUAUCAACUGCCAGCAGCUGAAGAGAAGAUGGCAAAGCAAGCUUUGGUUUUUCCACCAGAUUCAUUUACAGUAACAGCAGCAAAGCAACGGGCAACUAUGAGGAUUGUUUCUCAAACUGAUAAGAAUUUUUAAGUGACUAUUUACCUAAAAUCAGAGUAUAGAUCCCUUGUCCCCCCUCCCAAAUCUGAGAAAUCAACUUUGCCAUACCACAACGAAGCUAUGAAAAAAUGAAACAGAAGUUCCUAAUGUAUAAAUAUUUAUUUUUAUUCUAAAAAGAAGAGUUAAUAUGGUUCAAUCUUGUAACAUUCUUACUUUCAAUUAAGUUUGCCUAUGAGAAUUCUGCAUGGAAAAAUCUUUACUUUUGGUUCAGGCGGCUGUCACCGCUUAGACAGUAACCUUCUGUUUUCAAUUUCAAUAGAAAAUUUCUUUCAGGCCAAAGAUACCAUUUGAUGUUACGUUGAUGGAUGCAUUAAAAUAAAAUGGUCAGAAUUAGGACAAAAACAUAGCUGAGGUGAGGGCAACUCUCAAAAAAAGGAGCUAAGACAAGAAAAAAUAGUAUGGCUCAAGUGGGUUUUUUUUAUGUGUGUUGUAAAUUUGCCAUCUUUGUGGUACUGCUAUAAUUGAUUAUGAACUGGGUAAUAAUUUUUUCUAUUGUUUUUUGUUUUCUGGUCAUGGACUGCAAUAAAUAAACAAUUCAAAACUGAACAUCUUUGUGGAAAAAAACAUUGUGCAUGGCAUAUUCCUACAUAAACUCGUGUAAUUAUUUUUCAAAAUGCAUUUUGGGUGAUAAAGAAUGCUACAGUAAAAUGGCUUUCUAGCUUCUGUUAAUCAGUGUUAACAUAUAAAAUAGCUUGUGAAAGUUCCUCUAAAACUGAAAUCCAUACAAACAUUCUAGAUCAGAAAUAAACAAAAUGAGAGGAAGGUCCUAGGUGAAACAAAUUUUGGCAACAAGAGAUGGCUGUUCUGCAAGCAGCAGAAAAGCCCAUGAAGUUCCAUGAGACUGAGCCACAAACCAGAUGAAUUAAAGCAUGAUAGCUUAACCUCUUUUCUUUUAAAGUAUUUUUUAUAAAUUAUUCUUUGCUCUUGUAGACUGUUCCAUUGUUGUGCUGUGAACUAAUCUUGAUCAUAAUGAAAGGCAACUGAGAAAUGGAUUAAAUAAAAUCUCAGUGAAGC